UCAAUGCUACGAAACAUCAUGUGACCAGAGAGACCCCGACACAUCCACACCGAUACCCCAUCUUUCUUUUACCAUCCUCCUCCACCUCCCUCACCUCCCCCUCUUUCUCUCUCUAUUUGUGUGACAGAGAAGAGACACUGCUGGUGCAUGCAUUUUUCCUCAAUGUCGCGUCCUCGCCUGAAUUGAUUGGUAUUUAACUUGUCGAUCCACGGCGUUGCCUCUCAGUUCGAUGGGAUGAUGAGGGAGCGGCAGCGGUGGCAGCCGGAGGAGGACGCGCUCCUGCGGGAGUACGUGAAGCAGUACGGGGCGAAGGAGUGGGCGCUGGUGUCGGAGCGCAUGGGGCGCCCGCUCCACCGCGACCCCAAGUCGUGCCACGAGCGCUGGAGGAACUACCUCCGUCCGGGCCUCAAGAAGGGCUCGCUCUCCCCCGACGAGCAGUCCCUUCUCAUCUCCCUCCAGGCACGGUACGGCAACAAGUGGAAGGCCAUCGCCGCCCACCUCCCCGGCCGCACCCCCAAGCGCCUCGGGAAGUGGUGGGAAGUCUUCAAGGAGAAGCAGCUCAAGCUCAAUACCAACCACACUUCCUCCUCCUCUUCGUUCUCCUCUUCUUCCUCCCCCUUCGCCUUUCCGCCCUCUGUUUCCGCCGCUGGCGCCGCCUCCCCUAGCGCGUACGAACACAUCCUCCACACCUUCGCCGAGAAGCACGCGCUCAAUAUGGCCUGUGCCGACCACUCCCCGUCUCCAGGCAGCUCCUCGUCCGCGGCGGCGGCGCCGUCGGUGGCGCUCUCGCUCUCAAUCUCGCCGCCUCCGGCGCCGGAGCUCGCGCCGCACCAGCUGUCUCUCGUCGCGAGGCUGUGCGAGGAGGUGGAGGAGGGACGGCGCGCCUGGGCGCAACACCGGAAGGAUGCGGCGUGGCGGCUGAGCCGGCUGGAGCAGCAAAUGGAGACGGAGAAGGCGCGGAGGAAGCGGGAGAAGGUGGAGGAGGUGGAAGAGCGGAUUCGGCGACUGAGGGAGGAAGAAAAGGCGUGGCUGGAGAGGGCGGAUGCGGAGUGGAGGGAGAGAAUGGGACACUUGAGGACGGAGGCGGAGGCCGAGGAGAUGGAAAAGGCGGAGGCGUGGGCGCGCAAGCAGACCAAACUCCUUUCGUUGAUCCAGACAAUCGCCGGCGGCGAGGGGCGGGGGUCGUCUCGUGACCACUCCAUUCUUCAAUUUCCUUAGCAUAUGUAACAUAAACUAGUUGAUGCCGACGAUUAACAAUAAGAACCACACUUUAUUAAUUCUGUCUUCCUAAUUUGCCAAAUGGAAUCCACACGCUGUAUCUAUCAUCGCUGUCAGCUCUGUAUGUUUCCCGGAUUAACACGAUAAUAUUUCAUCAUCGUCAAA